UUUCCUCGCCAAUUCCGAACAAAGCGAUAUUAACCAAUCCCUCUGUCUUUCUACAUGGAUCCUGCUGUACAGUUGAACUAAUAGAGUUAUUCAAUCUUAGGGUUUGUAUCGGUGACGGUCGAACCAAAAUGUCUCGACGUUUAUUGGUAUUGCUAUUAUGUUUCUUUGGAUUAGGUUUUGGUGAUGGUUUGAAGGUCCCGUUUAGAGUGAAGGAUGUGCUUCCGGUGCUUCCACGUCAGAUAUCAUGGCCGGUGUUGAAUAAUUUUCACAGUGCGGUUGAUUUAUUGCCUUAUUAUGUUGGGUCGGUUUCUCCUAUAAACGUUUCAAUUGAAUGGAAAGGAGCGUGCUUUUACGGUAACAAAGCUCGGCUUGAGUUCACCCAAGGUGAUCGUGACCCAGGGCUGGGCGGUGGCGUCCUUUAUAUUACGACAUCUGAUGCACAUAGUUGGACAUGUAUGGAUUUAUAUGUUUUCGCAACACCCUAUAGGGUAACUUGGGACUACUACUUCUCUGCGCGGGAGCAUACAUUGAAGUUUGAGUCUUGGGAGGAACCUGCAGAGUUGGAAUAUGUAAAGCAGCAUGGAGUCUCCGUAUUUCUCAUGCCUUCAGGAAUGAUGGGGACCUUGCUUUCUUUAAUUGAUGUCUUACCUCUAUUUUCUAAUACCGGUUGGGGUCAAAAUGCUAAUAUAGCUUUUCUAGAGAAGCAUAUGGGUGCAUCAUUUGAAAAACGUCCUCAGCCUUGGCGUGCAACCAUAAAUCCAGAAGAUGUCCACUCUGGUGAUUUCUUGGCAGUAUCAAAGAUUCGUGGUAGGUGGGGUGGAUUUGAGACAUUGGAAAAAUGGGUGACUGGAGCAUUUGCUGGUCAUACAGCAGUUUGUUUAAAGGAUGAAGAGGGUAAUCUUUGGGUUGGCGAAUCGGGACAUGAGAAUGAAAAGGGAGAAGAAAUUAUAGUGGUAAUUCCAUGGGAUGAGUGGUGGCAGUUGGCACUGAAAGAUGAUUCUAAUCCACAAAUAGCUUUACUUCCAUUACAUCCAGACAUGCGUGCAAAAUUCAACACUACUGCAGCGUGGGAAUACGCACGGAGCAUGUCAGGAAAGCCAUAUGGUUAUCAUAACAUGCUAUUUAGUUGGAUUGACACCAUAGCCGAUAACUAUCCGCCCCCACUUGAUGCUCACUUGGUUAUUUCUGUCAUGUCUAUGUGGACUCGUGUGCAGCCAGCUUAUGCUGCAAACAUGUGGAAUGAGGCAUUAAAUAAGCGGCUUGGAACUGAGGGUUUGGAUCUUUACGGAAUUCUAGAUGAGAUUGAAAAGCGUGGCAUGUCCUUCGAUCAAUUACUUACCAUCCCAGAGCAAGAUGAAUGGAUAUAUAGUGAUGGGAAAUCAACUACCUGUGUUGCCUUUAUCCUUGAAAUGUAUAAAGAAGCUGGUAUCUUUGGUCCUGUUUCUAACUCUAUUCAAGUGACUGAAUUCACUAUUCGUGAUGCUUAUAUGCUUAAGAUUUUUGAGAAUAAUCAAACACGCCUGCCAAGUUGGUGUAACAAUGAGAAUGGUAAGCUCCCAUUCUGUCAAAUUCUCGGGGAGUUUUGGAUGGAAUUACCUCAGUAUAACACAUUAGAACCAUAUGCAAACAUGAAUGAGAAUUGUCCAUCCUUGCCUCCUAGUUAUGACAGGCCCGCACAAUGUUAAAAUCAAAGAGAACAUGCAUAUUUGUGUUGUCACCGUUACAGAAGCAUACUCUGAUAUUGGAGCUCAAGGUAGCUUAUGUCAUUUAUUAAGCCGCAGAACUGUUUGGUUAAGAAUAAUCAGAAUACAUUUGUAUGAGCACCAGAUACUUACCUACUUUAUUCCACGGUUAUCUUGUGUAUAUUUUUGUAAUUCAUAUAGAAUGAAUGAAUACCUUUUAUAUGUUUAUGGACUUAGAUAUUUCGAUUCG